AUGUCUAGGUACGAUCCUACUAUCGAAGACUCAUAUUCGGUGACACGGACGGUCGAUGGUGUUCCCUACUUCUUAGCGAUUACCGAUACCGCUGGUCAAGAAGAAUAUCGCGGACUAUGGGCGGCAUCUAACCUAAAAUCAGACGCUUUCCUUCUCGUCUACGAUAUCACCAAUGCUUCUAGUUUAAGCGCGCUGGAUUAUUUUAUGGAGAUGAUCGAUAUCGAGGCUGAACAACGGUUAGAAGACAACCAGCGCUUGCUGAAGGAAUUAGGAGACAGCGCACAGGGCUUAGAAGUGGGAAUGCCUCCCCCUGUCAAGAUUAUCGCAGGAAACAAGUGCGACCUUAAAGAAGGACGGGUUGUCGGUGCCAAAGAAGGUCUGGAAUAUGCUCGGAAACAUGGCUGUAGUUUCAUGGAAACAAGUGCAAGAGAGAUGGUGAAUAUCGAGGAAACAUUUGCCCGUACACUUCAUCCCUUCCCAAAGUAUUUCUGUGUAGGGCCUAAUAUUCUUAUAGUUUUAGUGCGUCGUGUGGUGGAGGCCCGUCAACAGCAUUACCAGAAAGACAUACAAGCCACCCAUUUACCACAAACUUCAGCGUCUUCACCUACGAAAAGUUCCGCCGCUGCUGGUCAAAAUAAAAGCUCUGCUUUGAAGUCAUCUAACGAGGAAGGCUCACGUCUUCGAUCUUUCUGCUGUGGAAUAUCCCGUGGAAAGGAACGAUCAAGUCAGGGCCAGCAACAAACAAAUGGGAACAGGGACUUGGUAUCGGGACACGAGGCAUCAUCAAAAUCGGCCACGCCGCGCCUGUGGAGGCGUUUGAGUUGCUGGUGA